UACAUUGCCCUCCAUACACUGCCCUAUGGUGUGGUGUAGCCCUAUUCAGUGUGUCUGUGUUGUCGGGGUCACGCUCUGCCCCAUUGCACGGUAUGGGGUGAGCCUCGCACUCAGCGGGCUCAGGAGAACGGGGCGAGGUGGGCUCACACAGCUUUGGGAUGGUUGGUUUCGUGCUGCUGCUGCAGGGAGGGCUCCCCCUCAUUGAUGUGUCCCUGUGCGAGCUGGGGCUGAGGGCACAGCUGUGGCGUUUGCAAUUUCCAGCCCGAAAUGGAGACGCAGAGGGCGAGAAUGGGGCCGUGGAACACGGAGGAGUCGCCUGCCCCAUCCCCGCCGUCUAUCGGGACAGCAGCACUUGUGGGGCAGCCCCAUAGCUUCGCUCCCUCGCUGCGGGCACCCUCCAGCAGGGCAGGGCGCUGCCGUGGCACCCCAUAGACCCCCGUUAUCCCUGCGGGCUCCGCACCGUGCCCCCAGGGGCCGGAGGGGCCGCGGGAGGCGGAGGCGAAGGCAGCGGUGCGGGAGCAUCAUCGUCAUGGUUACCUCCGCACGGCUCCGCUGUGCCAUGGGCUCCCGGACCUGCGUCCGUCCGCCUGGGUCACCCCGCUCCCAGCCCUGCGCGCUGUCUCUCUCCCUCCUCCCCAUCUCUCUCCCUCCUCGUCUCCAUCUCCCCGUGCAGAGCAGCGCUGUCUGCCCGAUUCCUUUCAUCCCCCCGCGAGCCGAGCAGCAGGAGAAGGGGAGAAGUUGCUCGCCCUACCCCGUUCCACCUUCCUCCUCCUCAAGGGCUCUGAAGGAACAAGGAGGCUUCUCUUGUGGGUUCUUCCUUCCUAAGCACUGCGUGGUGGUGGAGAUGCCAGGGCUGAUCAACCAGAGCUCCCAUUGCCCACUGCUGCUCACCGCCUCCGAGGUGACGUCCUGUGUCAGUGGCUAUGCCCUGGGCAUGACGGCAUCGCUCACCUACCGCAACCUGCAGGCACAGCCCUGCAAAGGGCUCUUCAUCUUCCCCCUAGAUGAAGGCACCACCGUCGUGGGGUUUGAGGCGGUGAUCUGCCAGCGUGCUGUGACCGUGCAGAUAAAGGACAAAGCCAAGAUUGAUGACUUGUAUUUGGACAGCAUCAGCCUCCCUGAUGGAGGAGCUCCCGACGGGGGUGAAAGGAUUGCGAUGGAUGAGGACUUGGAGAGGAUCGCUUUUGUGGCCAACCUGGGCACGAUUCCUCCCCUGGAAAGCGUUUCCAUCUUCAUCAGCACCUCCUCUGAGCUGCAGACACUGCCUAGUGGGGCUGUGCGGGUCCUGCUGCCAGCUGUAUGCGUCCCCAGGGUUCCCCAGCCCAGCCUGGAGAAUGCCAGCAGCCUUUCCAGCCACCUGCUGCGAACGGACAAGCAGUGCUGCACAUCGGGGAGCCCAGAGCUUAGGAGCAGUUUCUGUCUGUCCCAGCUGCUGCAGAGUGAGGCCACCAACCCCUCUGAGUAUGAGUUCAGCUUCCACCUGGAGAUCCGGGGGCCAUGUUUGCUGGCAGGUGUUGAGAGCCCCACACAUGAGAUCCGAGCAGAUGCCGACCCCUCUGCUCGCUCAGCAAAGAGCAUCGUCAUCACAUUGGCCAACAGGCACACGUUUGACAGACCCGUGGAGAUCCUCAUCCACCCAAGUGAGCCCCACAUGCCUCAUAUCCUAAUGGAGGAAGGCGAUAUGACGCCUGCAGAGUACGAACAGCACCUGAAAGGGAAGAAUGAUUUCAUUAAAGGCAUAAAGAAGGACCCCAGUGCUGAGAAAAAGAUGGAAAUCAUCCGGAAACGCCUGCACAAGGAUAUCCCCCACCACCCUGUCCUCAUGCUGAACUUCUGUCCCGAGCUCAGCGCGGCCCCAGCAGACCUGCAGAAAGCUGCUGGAGAGUUCAUCUUCCUGGUGGACUGCAGUGGGAGCAGCACGAGCAUCGGCCAUGCCAAGGACGCUCUGUUGGUGGCCCUCAAGAGCCUGAUGCCAGCCUGCCUCUUCAACAUCAUCACCUUCAGCUCCACCUUCAAGAUCCUAUUCCCAGCCAGCAGGACUUACUGUGAGGACAGCCUGGCCGUGGCCUGCGAGAGCAUCAGGAGGAUGCACGCUGACACAGGGAGCCCCAACAUCUUGUCUCCUCUCAAGUGGAUUAUCCGCCAGCCCAUCCGCAGGGGACACCCCCGCCUGCUCUUCCUGCUGUCUCACGGGGCAGUCGACAAUGCAGGGAUGGUGCUGGAGCUGCUGCGGAACCACUCCUGUUCCACCAGGUGCUACAGCUUCGGCAUUGGGCCCCGUGCCUGCAGGAGGUUGGUGCAGGGGGCAGCUGCUGUGUCCAGGGGCAUCGCUGAGUUCCUGGUGGAGGGUGAGAGACUGCAGCCUAAGCUGAUCAGGUCACUGAAGAAGGCGAUGGCUCCAGUGCUGAGUGAUGUGUCGGUGGAGUGGGUCUUCCCUGAAAGCACCGAGGUGUUGGUUUCCCCUCUCAGCUCCAGCUGCCUCUUCCCUGGGGACCGCCUGGUGGGCUACAGCAUCAUCUGUGACACCUCACUCUACACCUCCAAGCCCAGAGCCGACAAGAGGCGAAGAUACAGCACCAUGCGCUCCCAGGAGUCGGGCAGCUCCGUUUUCUUUCACUCCCAAGAAGAGGGGACUGGUGCUGAGAGCUGGAGCUACCCAGAGGGAUGCGGCACCCCGGAUCAGCUGGCAGCAGGCAGGGACCCCAGUGGAGAAUCAGACACGGAUGCCGAUGCGAAGGCAUCCUGCAGGAGACGUGCAUACAGUGCCAACCAAAUCUCUGACCGCCAGCCCCUCUACAAGGAGCCCACGGCCAGCGACCCGGGCAACUCGCUAUUGAGGAACCCACUGCGUAAAACCCAGCUGCAGGACCUGCAGCAGCUCAGCCCUGAGCUACAGCCUGUGCAUUUCCAGCCCUUCGCUGCCACCCCACGCAUCUCCACCACCCGGAUCUGCAGUGCAGGCACCCGCCGGCCCUCCCUGCUGCAGCAAAGCCUUGUAUCCUCCUGCCACUGCCCCACGUCCCCACCAGCAUCUGACGUGGCUGUGGGAUGGGGUUCAGGGCUACUCGAUGCCAGCCUGCAGUCCUCAUCCGACAGCCGGAGCCCUGGGGAGCCAGAGGCUGUCCAGCAUCCGUCCUUCACUUUUGAAACAGAGACCUCUUCAGACUAUGAGCCCCAGGACUGGGAUUCCGGUGCCACCCGGGGGUCCCCACGUUCCCCCCGCGCCUCCUGCAAGGCGGUGGUGAAGGGGCUGCGGGGUGGUGAGCCCAGGCAGUGGGAGAUCACCUUCGACCUCCCUGCACUCCUCCGAGAGCGGGACGGGCAGGAGGAGGGCGAGGAGGAUGUAUGGAGUGAGACCUUCCACCAGCUGGCAGCCAGGGCUGUCAUCAGGGACCUGGAGCUGCUCGCCGAGAGGGAGCGCGACAUCGAGCACGGGCCAGGGAGGAGAUACCAGCUCAAUGCCGUCCACACCAGCAAGUCCUGCAAUGUCAUCAGCAAAUACACUGCCUUCGUGCCGGUGGAGCUGAGCAGCGGCACCUACCUGCCCCCCAUCAUUGAGUACAGCCACACAGGGACACUGUCCAAGCAAGGUGGCCACAGGAACCUCAGCUCGGGGCGCAGGAGGUGUCGUGGCCUUUCCUCUGCACAACCCCUGUCACCGUGUGGCCAGAAUGGAGACGAUGGAUUUUAUGGCAUGGAUAUGGAUGAUCCCAGGCUGUCACCAUGCAGCACCCCACUGUCCUCCAGCUGGAAGCGUUGCCGCAUCCCUGAAGUGCCAUCCCAGAACCUGGCUGCUUCUUCUGCACGUUCCCCAAAAUCCAUUGAGAGCAUCUUUGCUGCAAGGCUGACCCUCCAGAAGACCAGGCUGCUGACUCGGGCUGCCAAAGGUUUCAUGAGCAAAUCUCCAAGCAGAGUGAGCGAAACCAGCUCUGAUAGAGACAGCGAAAGCACCGAUUACCUUCCAUUGGUCUCCCUGCAGCUGGCCUGUGGUGCCUUUCUCAUGAACAGUGCGUUCUGUGAGGCAGUCAGCAUCCCCAUGGAGAAGCUCCGCUGGACUUCACCCUUCUCCUGCCACCGCUUGGCACUCAGCCCCUCCAGCUCCUCCAGCACCAAGAAGCCAGAGCAGCGCGGAAACCCCACGAGCAGCCUGGUCCCCAACAGCAGCUCUGCAUGGGAUAGUGGUGGUGCCAUGGAGAGCAUCUCCAAAGCUCUGAGAGCUGGGAGUGAGCUCUCCCCUCCUUCCAUCACCAUCCGCCGCUCCCCAGCUGAGCAGUGGGAUGCCAGCAUCUCCGAGGCAGACAGCACUGAUAUCCAAAUGCUGCUGCUGGAUAUCGAGCUGCAGAAGCAGACAGAGCCCGAGGGGAUGCUGUGGGCCACAGCUGUAGCCCUGGCCUGGUUGGAGCACAGCUCAGCAUCCCACUUCACCGAGUGGGAGCUGGUGGCUGCCAAGGCCAGCUUGUGGUUGGGUGAGCAGGACUUCCCGCAGGGCUGCAGCCUGGCUGCUGUGAAAUCUGCAGCCCAGCAGCUCUUUGUCUUGCUCAGGCAUUGGGAUGAGAACCUGGAGUUCAACCUGCUGUGCUACAACCCCAGCAGUGUGUGAGGUGGGGCAGCAGGACAGGGUCUGUGUGGGCCAAACACAGCUCUUACCCCUUUAUUGCUGCCAGGACUCUGUGUUCUUCUCCCCCACCCCAAAAAUCCAUGUAUCCCCACAUCCUCAGCUACUCCUAUCUCAGCUAUCUUGUAGCAGAAUUGGGCAUCCCUCAGCAUUUCAUAAGGGAGAUCUGCUGUGAUGGACCAAGGUGCUGGGAGGAUGCUGCCUUGCCUUGAGCCCCAUGAACUGCCCCAGUUGCAAUUAUGGGGACCGUAAAUCGGGAAGGUGCUGAGCUCUGUAGCCCCAGGCUGCCUUUCUAGGAGCCCAUGCAGAACUCCUUCAGAUGGCAGCAUGCCUUAGGGGCUCCAUGGCAGAGCGGGUGGGCAGGGAGAGCAGCUCCCCAGGGAUCAAAUAGAGACACCCUGUGCCAAAACAGCUGGGGAGUUGAACUCCCUGCCAAAAUGCUGCAUCCCCUGUGUGCAGUGCUCUGAUGUUGUGCUGUCAGCUAAUGUAUUGUCCGUGUUGCUCCUUGUAGAGCUGUGGGGAGCAGAGAUUAGGCUGCAAGGGGACAUUUCCCAGCCUGAAGCAUCCUAAAGAUCCCACCUGGAAUUCUCCAGGGAUGUGGGCACGUCACGUUGCCUUUUCCUCCCUCAUUGUGCUUCAGGUUUCUGUGCUGUGUGUGUAUGUGUGUGCAGUCAGGGGUUCGUGAGCAUCAGUGUCACCAUGUGAGGUCUUUGUGAUGGGAUCAUUGGCACUGCUGUGUUGUCUGGGUAAAUCAGAGCCUGCCUUGUUUUGGGGUCACCCCACCUGUCUGCAGCGUGGUGCUGGCUGUGCAAAAUGGGGAGAAAAAACAGAAGAAGAACCAAAAAAACACCUUUUAACAUCCUCAUUUUGGCUCAGAGGGGAUGGAGAUGCGCCUGGAGCUUCCAUGGUGUGUGGAGAACUGAUGGUGUGGGGUUUUAGGAGCAGUUUAUAUGAGUGCCUUCUCGCAGGUGUUUCCCCACUGCCAUCCCUUUCUUUUUCUCUCUGCCCCACGGCUGCUCCCUUGGCUGAGCCACACGGAUGGCAAACACUCAUUUAUUCCCAUCCUCUCACCCUACUGCGUGCCAGUCAAGUGCCGUGCCUGCCUGCUGUUUCCUGGACUCAUUAGCCACCUCCAGCUGCCUAAUUGAGCUGCUGAUGAGGGCUGUGGGGUCUGCCUGGUGUGGGGACAGGUCCCCGUGGCUCUUGCUGGGUUCUUCUGGGGACUGGAUGUAGCGUGGCUGCUGGGAUGCUGUUGCCAGAGUGACCGUGAGUGCCUCAUUAGCAGAAAUGAGUUUGAAUACAGUCAUCAGCUGGAGCUUAAUAAAUGAGCCCUCCGUGCUGCGUGGGGAGAGAGCGGCUUCCCCCCUUUCCAGGGGGCAGCUGAGCUGGAUGUUGGGAUUUUGGGGUGAGAACCAACCCGAAUGGGGCAUCCCUGGCACCAAACUGCAGACCUACCCAGGGCCAGACCUGAAACCUCAUGUUCUCCAUAGAUGGGGCUCAUCAGCGGCGUAUGGGCGGGUUAUGAAACCCACCAACACCAUCCCCAUCGAGGGAUGCUUCUCAGGAGGGAUGUGGCCGCUCGGUGCCGUGGGCUCAGAGCUCCUAAAAUAGAGCCCGGGGCAGCUCUGGGUGUCGGAGGCAUCCGAGCUCAGUCAUGUGGAUGUUAUGCAAGAGUUGAUGAUAGGUUGUAAACAGCUAUUAGCGUGAUUGACGGAGCCGGGACCGAGUGUUGGGGGGGAGGAAAGGAGAGAUGAGUAAUAAUGAUUAAAAAUAAUUAGCAAAUCGAGAUGUUCCCUAAAUGAGGGAGAAGCUCUGCGAGGAUGGAGGAAGGGGAUGGGAAGGAAUUGUCACCCCAAGGGGUGAGGAUGGGGACGGAACAUGUGGGUCUUGGGAAUGGGAAUUUGGGGGGUUUGGGGGAUUUCUUCUCCUCUGCUCUGGACCCAUCUGAUUGUGAGGAGUAGAAGGGCACCAGGUGCCCUGAAUGAGCUCCGUUGUGUUGGUCUCUUGGAAACCCAAAGAGAACAGCUUAAAAGCUGACCUCAGUCUGGGGGGAAAAUGGAUGGAUUUGGGUCCAUUGAGCACCACUGGGUCCCAGCAUCCCCAAAACCAGAGCCUGAGCUCAGCCCUGAGUUAAUGAGGAGAAACGAGCAGAUUACGGGAAGACAGCUUCUAUUUAUACAUAAAUACUGCAGCAAUCAGCGGCGCGGGGCAAGGGAAAUCCAAUAGAAAGAUGCGACUGUCUAAGGAGCUUUUGGAGCCAAACGUUACACAAUCAGUUGCUUUUUCUUGGCUGUACCUUCAAAUCCCAGCAACUGAGAACAAGACGGUGGUUCCGAGGGGUUCUGCCCAUUGGGUCAUUGAAAUAUGGGAUCCAGAGACCCUGAACAUGGGACCCCUAUGGGUAUGGGAUGCACUUUGAACCCAAACUUAGAGGUUUUGGGAGCGGAGAGCUGGGGAACCGCCUGGCAGAGCCGCGUCCCCGCGUGCAUCCUAUAUAUAUAAAGAGCCAUAUGCACCCUGUGCUGUGUUUGUGCCGUGUGGGGCUGUCAGUGGGCGCUGACGGCCUGAAAAUAGCUGAGUCCGCCGACGCCUCGACCCACGGGAGAAAAGGGGCAAUGGGGAAGGGGGAUGGGGUGCCCCAUAGGGGUCGUGGGCUUCAAAGUGCUCCCCUGGGUCAGACACGUAUUCCUAAUGCCAUUCCUAUGGGUGUUUUUCCUAUGCUUACAGUGGUGGGGACAUCAGGGACAGCUGUGUGUUGGAUUUGAUGCAGGUGGUAUAAAGGUUCCCCACACCCCUUUCCAGCUGCUGUGGGGUCUGUUCUGAGGUUUGCAGGUUCAUUGGGAUUUGUUAUAUUAGGGGGCUCGUGUUUAUAGUGCUGUAACCCUUCCUGUUUAUUUCUAAUCCCUGGGUUAGGAUUCGGGCUGUGCACCUCUGGGGAGGUCCCGUUAAUUGUUUGAGUCAUUAAACCUCCUGAAUGCAGUGGGAUUGCAGUGCAGAUGAGCAAGAAAAGCCAAGCUGGAGCUCUGUGAGCUUCUCCUUCCUCCCUAACCCGUUGCAUUGGGGGAUUCGCAGCUGUGUUUUGGGUUAACCCUUUCCAAAGGGUGGAUCUUGGAGGGAGCUUCAGAUCCAUUAGGAAUUGUAUUUUGGGAAGUUUGGGGUUUGUUUUUUCCCAUGUACCUGUGCAGGAUCUGGGCUGCCAUCUCUAGUCCCCAUCCCUUGGGUUGGUUUGUGGAAUCAUUAAGGUUGGAAAAGAGCUCUAAGGUCACCAAGUCCAACUAUCGACCCAUCACCGCCAUGCCCACUAACCACGUCCCUACAUUUGGGGCCAUUGGUCCCUAAAUAUAGGGCCGUUUGUCCUUAGAUUUGGGGCUGAGGGUCAUCUCCUUCCCCACAGCAUAGUGAUAUUCACAGGCUCACAUUGACAUGAGGUCCUCAGUGCCCAUUGAGGGACACAGGGAUGCAGUGUAGAGUCAUGCAGUGCCCACCAUGCUGGAUCAGAGCCUGGAUCCCCCCAGCACCGUGACUCACUGCCUGGUAUUUAAGGUGUUGCAUGACAUGUUGGGCUUCUAUUUCUUUCUUUCUUUCUAAAUUUCACCUGUGUGUUGGUUGUUUCUGCUUUGUUUUGUCAUCCCCCCAAUUGGGAGCUGGUGCUUCAACCCAUUGGAAGGGGCAAAACCAUCUCCCACCCCAGAACUCAUCAGCAAUGCUCAGAUGGGGUGAGUUAGAUGGCCCUGAACCCACAAAUGUGGGGCUGUAUGUGUGUCCACCCCCCAGAAUAAGAAACCCUCCCCCAUAUCUCCAAAUAUGGAGCCACAGGUUGGAGCUGAUCAUGGUUUUGGUGCUGCAUUCGGGUCCCUUGGUGAAAAAUGAUGGUCUUUUUGUUUUUGGUGCGGUGCCUCCCACGUGUGAUUGUAAGGCAACAGUUCGACACCUCGAGCAAUGUAUGAAUUAAGAUGUCUGA